AUGAGGGUAAUCAUUGCUCACCAGCGAAGUAGAGUCGAUCAACUCUACGGCAUUGACGUCCGCAACACAGACUGGAAGAGUCUGAGGGGACGGUGUUGGACCAAGUUUUGGGAAGUGAAGGAUCGGUGGGAAAUUUCACAGGAAGAUUUGGGGAAUUUGUGGUGGGGUUUGGGGUUGGUAGAAGAAGAUGUGGGGUCCAAGUGGACGAAGACGAGGGUCAGUGUGGCUAUGGACACGUAUGAGAGUUUGUUGAGGAAGAUCUGGAUGUGCCUUUCCAUAUCUGGAGAUGUUUUCUUUUUCUUUUUAGUUUUGGCUAGUGAGAGAUGGGGAUUGAAGGUUUGGGAUCCUCCAUUGUUGAUCUUGAUCAACUGGAGAAGGACCAGAUUUGGGAGGAGAGAGACAGGGAGGGACGACAAUGCUGAGUUGGGCCUUGGAGUCCAAUACGACGUCGUUUGGCAAAGUGGCAUGUGCUCCCUAAACGAGCAUCGUUUGGGAGUUGGGAUUGGGGCGUGA